AUGCCAAAAGGUAUUAAUGAAGAUUUUGAAAAGGACGAUAUAAAUGAUGAAAUUCAAGAGGACGGCGUAGAUGCUGGAUUUCAAGAGGAUGUUAUAGGUGAUGAAUUUCAAGAGGACGACAUAGAUCUAGAUGAUGAAUUUGAAGAGGACGGUGUAGAUGGUGAAUUUCAAAAGGAUGACAUAGACGAAGAAUAUCUGGAGGACGACAUAUGUGAUGAAUUUCAAGAGGAAGACCUGGAUGACGUAUUCCAAGAAGAAAAACUUGAAUGA